GCAUCGAAUCGUUACCACGCGCGGGCUCCUCUAUUUACGAUUUUAACGACUUUGGCAACGCGCUUUGCCCCCAAACCCCUGAGCCAGCCCUUCCCCCUGACCAACGAGCGACAGCUGCCUGUCGUGGACUGCAAUGCUGGCCAAUUUGCAGGUCCGCAGUGGACACUUGUUGCGUCACAGGCUCCAACGGACCAGCCACUGGACACGCAGCUUAGCGAGCACCGCGCCCAGAGGUGCCAGCGACCAAGCCAAGGCGCCAGAGGACGAUCGUCUGACCAUCGGUGAUGUAAGCGUGCGCCUGACCAAGCCGAAGCAUCCGCAUCUGGUGCCCCAGCAAUACGUGAAAUACGCACCGGAUGGCACCCUUCAGCUGACGCAGUCUGCCCUGCACCAUCUGCGCUGGAUGCUGCAGAAGGAUGCCCUCAAGCAGGACAUGUUCCUGCUGGGCCAGCCGGGCCCACUGCGUCGCCAGCUGGCCAUGCAGUUCCUGGAGCUCACCCAGCGCGAGGUGGAGUAUGUCUCACUGAGUCGCGACACCACCGAGAGCGACCUCAAGCAGCGACGCGAGAUUCACAACAAGGCGGCCAUCUACCACGACCAGGGAGCCGUGCGGGCCGCCAUCCACGGACGCGUCCUCAUCCUCGAUGGCGUGGAGCACGCCGAGCGCAAUGUGCUGCCCAUACUGAACAACCUGCUGGAGAAUCGUGAGAUGCAUUUGGAGGACGGCAAGUUCCUCAUGUCGCCCGAACGCUACGACAAGCUGCUGGAGAAGCAUUCGCGCGAGCAGCUGGAUGAGUGGGGCCUUCUGCGCGUCUCCGAGCACUUCCGCGUGGUGGCCUUGGGUCUGCCCACGCACAAGUACAAGGGCACCCCGCUAGAUCCGCCGCUGCGCUCUCGCUUCCAGUCCCGCAACGUGACCAGCUACACCUACGGCGAGCUCUACGAUGAGCUGCAGCAGCUGGCGCCGGCUGUGCCCGGCGAUCAGCUGAAACAGCUCCUCACGUUCGCCCUCACCCUGCAGAAGGCAGACGACAGUCUCCAGCUGCCCGACUUUCCACUGCACAAUCUUAAGCUGGGCGUUCAGAUGCUGGAGGCCAAUCCCGCCCUCAGCCUGCACGAUGUCAUCACUCGCAUUUAUCCGUAUCAGUCCAUGCUGAAGUCCGACCAGCAGAAGCGCGUCGAGGAGCUGCUGACUAGCCUGCAUGUGCAGCGACUGCCUGGACAGACCAUCCAAAGCAUCACAAGCAGCGCACAGGCUGACCAUCGCGUCACCCUCCAGCUGGAUGACCUGAAACUGAGCCUGCCCGGAGGUGACACAGUGCCGGCCACGCCGAGCAACUUUGUGGAUCUGCCGCACCAGCGACAGGCCUUGGCCGCACUGCUGCAGGCCUAUGCCGUCGGCGAUGUGUGUCUGCUGGGCGAAAAGGGCGUGGGCAAGCUCACCCUGACCAAGCAGCUGCUUCGGCUACUCCAUCAAACCGCCGAGCCAAUGAUGCUGUACGAGGACAUGACCUCCCGCGAUCUGGUGCAGCAGCGCAUCACCAGUCCCGAGGGUGACACCGUGUGGCGCGACUCGCCGCUGGUGCGAGCAGCCAAGGCCGGAUCUGUGGUGGUGCUCAAUGGCGUGCAUCGCCUGCACAAGAGCACGGCGACUGUGCUGCAGCGGCUCAUUCACGACCGGGAGCUCCUGCUGUGCGACGGCACCACCUUGCUGCGCCCGGACCGUUACCAGUCCCUGCUCCAGCAAGGGUUCUCCAGCGAGGAGCUGACGGCACGAGGUUUGCUGCCGAUGCACGAAGCCUUCCGCAUUGUGGCAUUGGCGGAGCCACCACGUCCGGGCAGUGGGCAGCCGAAUUGGCUCACGCCCGAGCUGCUGAGUCUGUUCCUCUACCAGGAGCUGCGUCCACUGCACCAGAGCGAGGAGCACGAGCUGCUGGCCCAGCUAUGCGGCGGCCAGUUGCCGCCCCAAAUGGAUCAGCUGCUGAAGCUGGCCCAGCUGCUGCGCUCCUCGCAGGAUCCGCUGACACAGGGCCUCGCCGGCACACUGUCCACGCGGCAGCUGCUCAAGUUGGCCCGUCGCCUGGCAGCCUACCCCAACAGCGAGCUGAGCGAUGUGCACGAGAUGCUGCAGAACACAUUCCUGGCCAAGUUCAUGCCGGCUCUGUCGCGCACCGCCCUGGAGCAGGUCAUGCAGCAGGUGGGCAUCCAACCCAGUGCAGAGAAGAGAAGGAGCAGCAGCAAAGGACAGAUUGUCGUUGAGGGGAACACCUUGAGGAUUGGGGAGACGCGCAUGGAGUUGGGCAAUCCCAGCCAGGCGCAAAGAUCGAAGGUGCCCAGCACGCUGUUCUACGAGAUGCCGCAGCACGUGGAGCUGCUGGAGCGACUGCUGCAGGACUAUCUAAUCGGUGACCACUUGCUGCUCGUGGGCAACCAGGGCGUGGGCAAGAACAAGCUGAUCGACCGCUUGCUGGAGCUGAUGCAGCGCCCGCGCGAGUACAUCCAGCUGCAUCGGGACACCACUGUGCACAGCCUGACGCUGCAGUCGACGCUGCAGGAUGGCCAGGUGGCCUACGAGGACAGCGCCCUGGUCAAGGCUGUGCGCUCCGGCCAUGUGCUGGUGGUGGACGAGGCCGACAAGGCGCCUGUGAAUGUCACCUGCAUUCUGCGCACUCUGGUGGAGAGCGGGGAGAUGGUGCUGGCCGACGGCCGACGGAUUGUGCCGCAUGGCGCUGCUGGAUCGCUGCCCAACUGCAUCGAAACUCACCCAGAGUUCCGGCUCAUCGUGCUGGCCAAUCGUCCCGGCUUUCCCUUCCUGGGCAACGACUUUUUCGCCGCACUCGGCGACGUCUUCAGCUGCCAUGCCAUCAGCAAUCCCCAGCCGGAGUCCGAGAUCUAUCUGCUGCAGCAGUACGGCCCCAGUGUGCCCACCAAGACGCUGCGUACGCUGGUGAACGCCUUCGGAGAGCUGCGCAGCCUGGCGGACGAGGGGAUGCUCAACUAUCCGUACUCCACCCGGGAGGUUGUCAGCAUUGUGAAGCAUUUAGAGCGCUAUCCCGAGGAGAGCAUAGCGGACGUGGUCGGCAAUGUGCUCGACUUCGAUCGCUAUCAGCCGGAGGCGCUGCAGCAAGUCAUUCAGGUGCUGGCCAAGCACGGCAUCGAGGCGUACGCCCUGGACGAGGUGCAAAUGCUGCGCCAGCGGAAGACACUGCAGGCAUCGGUGGAGCGGCAUAGCGGCUUGGGGGUAUCCGGCCCGAAGUUCGGCAAGAUCGAUCCCAAGAACGAGCCGCACGUGGGCGGCAACACCUGGGCUGGCGGCAGUGGGGGACGUGACACAGCCGGACUGGGCGGCAAGGGUGGACCAUUCCGGCUCGACAAGGGACACAAGGUGCAUCAGCUGAGCGACGAGGAGAAGGCCGACGUUCCCGAGGAGAUUAAGAAGGCGGCACGCGAAAUGAACCGCAAAGCCUUCGAGGAGAAGCUCAAGGAGAUCAAGAUGUCCGCCCACGAUCACAAGCUGUACGCCCAGUUCAGCGAGCCCAAUCGGAAGCAGGUGCAGCAGCUGAAGGCCGUCCUGGAGGCCAUGCAGACCAAAAGCAAGGAGCGACAGUGGCAGAAGUAUCAGACGCAUGGCGAACUGGACGAUACGCGACUGGUGGAGGGCAUCACGGGCGAGAAGAACAUUUACAGGCGGCGAGCCGAGGCAAAUCCCUGGGCAGACCACGUCCAAGAGAAGCCAAAUCGUCUCAAGCUUGUCGUGGAUGUUUCCGGCUCCAUGUACAGAUUCAACGGAUACGAUGGACGGCUGGACCGACAGCUGGAAGCGGUGGUCAUGGUAAUGGAAGCCUUUGAGGGUUUCGAGAAGAAGAUCGUGUACGACAUCGUCGGCCACAGCGGCGAGGGCUGGGAAAUACCCUUUGUGAACGUGGGCAGUGCCCCCAAGAACGACAAGGAGCGCUUCGAGACGAUCCGCAUGAUGCACGCCCACUCGCAGUUCUGCUGGUCCGGCGACAGUACUGUGAAGGCAGCGCGCGAAGCCUGCACCAGCCUGGGCGCCGAGGAUGACUAUGACAAUGCCAUUGUUGUGGUCCUCAGUGAUGCGAAUCUAUCGCGCUACGGCAUUGCGCCCAAGGAUCUGGCGUUGGCCCUCAAGAGGGGCGAGCCCAAGGUCAAGGGCUAUUCCAUAUUCAUUGGCAGCCUGGCCGAGGAGGCGGACAAAAUUAAUUCGGAGAUGCCGGCGGGACAGAGCUUCGUCUGCAUGGACCUCACCAAGCUACCUCACAUUCUCCAGCAGAUAUUCACCUCCUCGCUGCUGUAGAGUCACUUUGGGACCAGCAUAAAAAGUCAAUUAAGAGGCGAAUUUAGUUAAAUUUAAAUGUGGAUAAUGUUUUGUGGAUGAUUAAGCUCAAUUAUU